AUCACUAGAUGCAAGUUCUAGAGAGCAUUGGGUAUUGUUCGCAUAUCUGUUUCAAAUCUGAAAAAGGUCCAGCAAGUGGCAAAUCCACCCAAAUAUUCUCAUCAAAGCUCCGAAUACCAACUCAGUCGUCUUCAUCUCCGAUCGGCAGCUAAAUCCCUUACCAUUGAAACACAGCGACAGUAAUCGCUUCCUCAAAUACAAAUUCAUAAUGUACAGAGCACUUAAGGUUCGUGGAGGCAGUAGGGUCUUGGCAAGAUUUUCAAGCUCAACUGCAGUUGCAACCAAGCCAUCGGGGGGCCUCUUUAGUUGGUUAACUGGUGGCGGGUCAGAUUCAUUACCCCCUCUGGACUUCGCCCUCAAGGAUGUUCAGCUCCCUCCACCAUUACCUGAUUAUGUUGAACCUGGAAAGACCAAGAUAACAACUCUCACAAAUGGUCUCAAAAUAGCAUCAGAAACAUCAGCAAGCCCUGCCGCCUCAAUUGGCUUAUACGUAGAUUGUGGCUCAAUUUAUGAAACACCAGCUUCAUAUGGAGCCACACACUUCUCGGAACGCAUGGCCUUCAAAAGCACAUUAAACCGAAGCCACUUACGUAUUGUACGGGAAGUUGAAGCAAUUGGUGGUAAUGUAAAUGCUGCUGCCUCACGAGAGCAUAUGAUAUACACUUACGAUGCGUUGAAAACAUAUGUUCCUCAAAUGGUGGAGCUGCUUGUUGACUGUGUUAGAAAUCCAGCAUUUCUGGAUUGGGAAGUUAACGAACAGCUUGAGAAGGUUAAAGCCGAGAUUGACGAAUACUCCAAAAACCCCCAACACUUGCUUCUGGAGGCAGUUCACUCUGCCGGUUAUUCUGGUCCAUAUGGGAACUCUCUAGCAGCCACAGAAGCCUCAGUGAACAGGUUGAACAGCACUGUACUGGAGGAGUUCGUAGCUGAGAAUUAUACUGCUCCUCGGAUUGUUCUUUCUGCAUCAGGUGUUGAACAUGAAGAAUUGUUAAAAGUUGCAGAGCCUCUUUUAUCCGACUUACCUAAGGUGCCCCGCACUGAGGAGCCAACACCUAUGUAUGUAGGAGGUGAUUACCGCCGUCAAGCUGAUUCAGGGAUGACUCAUUUUGCACUUGCUUUUGAAGUUCCUGGUGGCUGGCUUAAGGAAAAGGACGCAAUGACUUUAACUGUUCUUCAGAUGCUUAUGGGAGGAGGUGGAUCUUUCUCAGCUGGCGGUCCCGGAAAAGGGAUGUAUUCUAGACUAUAUCUCCGUGUCUUGAAUGCAUAUCCACAGAUCCAUGCCUUUUCCGCAUUCAGCAGCAUUUAUAAUAACACUGGACUAUUUGGAAUUCAAGCAGCCACAACCUCAGAUUUUGCACCAAGAGCUAUUGAAGUAGCGGUUAAAGAGCUUACUGCAGUUGCAAACCCUGGCGAAGUUGACCAGGUACAGCUAGACCGUGCAAAACAGUCGACGAAGUCUGCUAUUCUGAUGAACCUGGAAUCUCGUAUGGUUGCAUCAGAAGAUAUUGGGAGACAAAUUUUGACUUAUGGAGAGCGGAAACCAGUGGAGCAUUUCUUGAAAGCCAUUGAUGCAAUUUCAGCAAAUAAUAUUGCUUCCGUAGCACAAAAGCUUAUUUCUUCUCCCCUGACAAUGGCAUCCUAUGGAGACGUUCUUUCACUCCCCACAUACGAUGCGGUUAGCAGCAGGUUCCAUUCCAAAUAAAAUAUGUCCAACUAGGAGCCCGCAGACUUAUUUGGCAUUGCCCUUAUUUUUGGGCACUUUGGAAAUUUGAGCUUCGAUGUUGCCUCAAUUUGUGGAAAAUAAGGAAUUGUACAAGCUAUAGAUAAAUUAGCUAUCUGCCAAGCUUUUGGUGAGCAGCUUUUUGGCACAAUUUUUUUCUUUGGUAUGCCUUUUGUAAGUUAUUCAGCGCUUCAUUAACGUGAUAUUACUUUUUGAUUUGAAAUGCUAAUAAAUGCAUACGGCUUUAGAGCUGAAGGCCUAAAGCUAAAAGUGGAAAGAAUAGAAGUUGUAAUUCACCAAUAAUCUUCAAGUGAUGAAAUGUGAUACUUGAGAGUUAAUGAUUAA